CAAACUGAAAUGAUGUUGGAAUAAGAAUCAGCAUUUGCAAAACAAUUAAACAAUGGAACUUUUGUUUUUAACCGUUUUCUGGGACACUAAAAACUGACGCACCAUUCCGACUUAAAUGUUGUAGUUCUUUCCGCCUCUUUUUCCUUGACUAUAGAGUUUAGUCGCAUCACAACCCAGCGUGCAUUGCGAAACGCGGUUGCCUGAGGAACGGUCACUAGUUGUGUGCAAGAUGAUUCAGGCACCAUUCCUCAGUCCAUGAUGGAAGCUCUUGAGCUUUUCUGUACCUUACCGGAGCAGUCCUACGAGCAGUUCCUGUCAACAUUCAUGCCCAUGAGCACAGAGAAUGUGAAAGCCGGUUUGAAGUUUCCUGAAGAAGAAAGCAAAAACUGCCUUGUAGAGCUGAACGGUGUGAACAUGGACAAAAAGGUUGACAAAGAAGGAGAAGAGACUGAAGACAUAAAUAUCAUGGAAGUAUGUGUGCUUCCUGGAGAAGUUGAGGAAGAUUCACCAGCCUACACUCCUGCUUUCUGUCACCACACACAGCUUGAGCUCUCUUCUACUGACAUGGACCAUAUGACACACACGGCACUGAGCAAUACAGAGAGCCAGAUCGAAAGUGAGGAGGUUGUGCCUUUCAGUCUGGAUGACACCUUCGAUUAUGACAAUGUUGCACUGUCUCACAAGUAUCCUGUUAAAUCCAGCAACUGUGGAUCAUCAUGACCCAUAAGUGCCCACUCUCGGACAAAUGUACUUGCACAGAAGUUGCCAAGUAAACAGUAAAAAAGCCAAUCAUUAAGAUAUUUACAGUACAACACAUUAAAGAAGAACAAUUCGUGCUUUGUUUUGAGCAUACCCAACUGGCAAAUCUUUCCUGGAUGUCCUUUUUUUAAAGACUGUUCCCAAUAACCAUUCAGCCCACAAAUAGGAGCAAUAGUGUGUUUGACAUGUUGCUGCUCUAAUCAUGUGUAUUCACACACAGCAUUUAAUAAAAAAAAAACCCAACAACCCGUCUGUACAUUAAAGGCCCAGGGCCCUGCAAACAACCAGAGUACAACAGCAAUGUCACUUUUCUGUAUGUGAGAAACUGUAGCUGCUCCUUUGGGCAACCCACUGAGCGCACUCUUGGGAGAGCAAUUAAAUACAUGCCGUUACAGGAUGCAUCAUACUGUGCUUUAUUCACUGGAACAAAACACUUAAAGUUUGUUUUUUUACUUUUUCCCUUUGUAAGCAUUUGAAAACCAGAUUAAAAGCCAUGUAUUUCAAA